AUGGUUUCACCAAGUGACAAUCAUUUAAAACCUGUAAAGAUAUCAGGUUCAUUAUCAGCUUCAUUAAAAAAGAAUGGAGAUCAUGAAAAUGAAGAUAGUUUUAAGAUUGGUGAUUUUAGUUCAAAACAUUUCACUAGAAAAUCUUCAGUUUUCACAAAUCCUGAUCAACAAGAAGGUGAUCCAUCAACUUCCAUAACUAAUAAAAUCGAAGGUGGGUUCGAAGAUAAACAUACAGAGACUGAUAUUGCUUCGUCUUAUAAGAGUGCUAGAUCUCAAAAUCGUUCUUCUUCAAGUGCCUUAGCAAAUAUGAUUUCUUCUUCAUAUAAAAACAAUAAUUCAAUUUUAGAUCAAUAUAAUGAUGAUCAAAGACCUGUUUCUUCAAGACAACAUAGAAAUUCAAAUCAAUUUUCAAAUCCUUCAUCUCUUGAUACAAAAGCAAAUUUCUUGAAAAAUGGUUUACCACAACAUCAAUCUAAUAAUUCAAAUUCAAAUCCUCCACCAGAAAUUGAUGUUCAAAAUCCAGAUCCAACAACUAUUGAUAUCGUUGGACGUCAUUUAGUCAACGAUACAGACGCAGCAAGUUCAAUCCAUACAAGAGAAACAACCCAUAAUGCACCAUCAUUAAGUAAAAAUGGAUCAACUGAAAAUUUUGAUUCAUUACAAUUACAAGGUGGUGAUAUUAGUCGUGAAUUAUAUAAUUGGCAAAGAGAACAUACAAAUAAUGAUCCAAGAUUAAGAAGAAGAUCUCAAUCUUUCUCAGGUUCCGUGCAUGGUUCAAUUACUGAACCUGAUUUUAAUGUUUCAGAUAUUAGAAUCCCAGGUGGGUUUAGAAGAAAUUUCCUUGUCACAAAAGCUUCAAGACAAGGUUUAAAUUCAAAUGGUCAUCAAAGAAAUGCUCCAACUUUUAUAACUAGUAAUUUCAUUGAAUUCUUAACUUUAUAUGGUCAUUUCGCAGGUGAAGAAUUAAGAGAUGAAGAAGACGACGAUGAUGAAGGUGAUGGUGAUGAAUUUGAAAGUGAUACCGAAGGUCAUGAUGAAGAAUCUUUAUUAAUACCAGCAAGAAGACCAAGAAGAAAAAAUGAACCACAUAAGGCAUCAACAACAAAAGCUGUCUUGUUAUUAUUAAAAGCAUUCAUUGGUACUGGUGUUUUAUUUUUACCAAGAGGUUAUAAAAAUGGUGGUUGGGCAUUUGCAAGUACUUCAUUAGCUUUUUUUUCAAUUUUAUCAUUCUGGUGUUUUAAUCAAUUAAUUGAAGUUAAGAAAAAAUUAAAUAUUCCAAGUUAUGGUGAUAUUGGUGGGAAAUUAUAUGGUAAACAUAUGAGAGCUUCAAUUUUAUUUUCUAUCGUCGCAUCGCAAAUUGGAUUUGCUGCAGCUUAUAUUAUUUUCACUGCAACUAAUUUACAAGCUUUUUUCAUCUCGGUUGCUGACAAGCAUUUUUCAAUGGAAUUUUAUAUUCUCAUACAACUUUUGGUGUUUAUUCCAUUAUCAUUAACAAGAAAAAUUAAUAAGUUAUCAGGUACAGCGCUUAUUGCAGAUGUUUUCAUCUUUUUAGGUUUGAUUUAUGUUUAUUAUUAUUGCAGUUUUGUUGUUAUUCAUGAAGGUAUUGCAGAUGUUCAAUUAUUUAAUUCAGAUAGUUGGACUGUGUUUGUAGGAACUGCAAUUUUCACAUAUGAAGGUAUUGGAUUAUUAAUUCCAAUUCAAGAAUCAAUGCAAAAACCAUCAAGAUUCCCAACUAUUUUAUUCUUUGUUAUGUUUACUGCAACUGUUGUUUUCAUCACUAUAGGUGCAAUUGGAUAUUUUGCAUUUGGUACAAAGACAGAAACUGUUAUAUUAUUAAAUUUCCCAAGUGAUAGUAUUUUUGUUAGUAUUUCACAAUUUCUUUAUGCUACAGCAAUUUUAUUAUCAACUCCAUUACAAUUAUUCCCAGCUAUAAGAAUUUUAGAAAAUGGAUUAUUUGAAAAAUCUGGUAAAUUUGAUGAUAAAAUUAAAUGGCGUAAAAAUUAUUUUAGAAUUUUAGUUGUCUUAGGUACUGCAUUAAUUUCAUGGGCUGGUGCAAGUGAUUUAGAUAGAUUUGUUUCAAUCAUUGGUUGUUUUGCAUGUAUCCCAUUGAUUUAUAUCUAUCCACCAUUGUUACAUUUACCAACAACUGGUGAUAAUCAUUUUAGAAAAGGAUUAGAUAUCUUGGUUACAAUUUUUGGUGUUGUUAUUAUGAUUUACAUUUCAUUCUUGACCAUUUCUGACUGGGUUUAG